AUGCACAACACAAAUCUAAAGUUUAAUCGGCUCAUCUACGCCCAAGCGGUGCAUGCACAGGCUGGGUGUUGGGGUACGGUUGUGGAAUCCAGCACCUUGGGAGCCUUUGUCAGUGAGGACAGUUUCACUGACCUUGAGUGUACAGAAGAUGAUGUGAUCUUUGUGGAAUUAGUGGUUGUCCUCAUUGUCAAAGUGAGGAGUGACUUAUACCAGCAUCAGUCCACAAUCCAUGAUGGGUUUCAGCAAUAUAAGAGUACCUAUCUGUCAAAUGUCACUGAUUCCCCGGUAAACAAGACAUCGAUCCCUCCCAUAGAGGAGUUUGACCCCUUUGGAGGACACGCAGUUUGGCAGGUUAUCAUCAUUGUCUUCCUCACUGGAUCACUGUCUCUUGUCACGAUUGUUGGCAACAUCCUCGUGUUGAUGUCCUUCAAGAUCAAUAAGGCGUUGAAGACCGUGAACAACUACUACCUGCUGAGUUUAGCAUUUGCUGAUCUGACCAUUGGAACACUGUCCAUGAACCUGUACACCACCUACAUCAUCAUGAACCACUGGGCUUUGGGUCCAGUUGUCUGUGAUUUGUGGCUCGCGAUCGACUAUGUGGCCAGUAACGCAUCCGUCAUGAACCUACUGGUCAUCAGCUUUGACAGAUAUUUUUCUGUGACUAGACCUUUGACCUACCGUGUCAAACGUACAACCAAGCGUGCAAUGACUAUGAUUGGAUUAGCCUGGACCAUCUCCUUCAUCCUGUGGGCCCCAGCUAUCCUGUUCUGGCAGUACAUUGUGGGUGAGCGGACAGUCCAGCCCAACGAGUGCUACAUCCAGUUUCUGUCGGAGCCCAUUAUUACAUUCUGCACUGCUAUUGCUGCAUUCUAUUUGCCAGUGACUAUUAUGACCAUCCUGUUUUGGAAGAUCUACCAAGAGACUGAGAAACGUGCUAAAGAUGUGCAAGGUCUCAAGGGUUCUGGGUCAGGAAACAACCCCAUCCCUGCUCAGAAGCAACAAAGUGGCUCUAAAAAAAUGGGCAGAGAGGACACCAGUGAAAGCCAGAGGGGCACAUCAGCUGUGCUGCACCAGAUGGCCACUUCCCCAACUCACUGCAGGACAAAACUCACCCAGAGGGCUUCAGAGAAGAAAUCAGAGGACAACUUACCUGAAGGAGUGGAGCCCAAAGGCAGGUGCAGUUCACUCUGCCUCCAGUUUUCAUUCGUCCUGUCAGAUCAGUCAUCAAAGAGAUCUACCACCAGCAUGAGCAUGCUGAAUGAGGUGGAGAACAGCAGCUGUGACGUCUGGAACAAUGAAGGUGGUGUGUUCGAGGAGCAGUCAGGUUUCGAUGAGGAAGCUCAUGUGGCAGAUACACCAAAUCUUUCAGCAGGUGUCAAAAAAUUCACAAAGGGGAAGAAACGCACCGAUGAACAGCUAUCUUCAUUUUCCAGACGUGAAGAAGGGUCACAAUCAAAAUCUGUGAUAUCUUUGACAGCUGACCAAUCACCUGCAGCCAUCACCAUCAAAGAAGCAGUGAUGGCCAAACACUUGGCAUCGAAGGCCAAGACAGAGAUCCACAAACGCAAGAACGAGAAAAAAGCCAGUGAGAAGAAGGCAGCUCGGACGCUCAGUGCAAUCCUGCUGGCCUUCAUUAUGACGUGGCUGCCGUACAACAUCAUGGUGCUGGUCAACACUUUCUGUCAGGAGUGUAUCCCUGAAAUGCUCUGGGCGCUGGGCUACUGGCUGUGUUACGUCAACAGUACAGUCAACCCCAUGUGCUAUGCUUUGUGCAAUAAGACCUUCAGAACAACUUUCAGGGAUAUUUUGAUGUGUCAGUGGAAUAAGAGGAAAAACAAGCCUCAGUUUCAGCAAAGAAAGGCGGUGGCUUUCUGCAAAAGAAACAUACAGUUCACACAAAAGUCCUAA